AUGAUCAACCUUCUAUAUCUCCAAUACAAUGGCUCAGAUGAAGAUAUUUCCGAAUGCCAAAUCGAUGCACAACCCUUGAAUGAGGGCGAUUCCUCGGCAGCGUCUGGCACAAUAAUUACAAUGCGCCUCACUAUUACGAAGCCGUUUGGUCAAAGAAUGCAACUGGAUUCUCCAGAUGCAUCGCAAAACAUAGCGGACGUGUACAGAGAUUUGAAAGAACGCCAUGAUCAAGUGUAUCAAUUCGGAGAUGCCGUAUUUCGAGUCAUGGAGUAUUCACAGUUGUCCAUCUCCGGCCGAUAUUACUAUAGAGACGGUUUCAUCUUGUUCCGACGUAUCUUUAGCAGUACCGGUCCGGAGGAAUUCGAAACCAUGCAAAGCAAGAUCUGUUGGACGAUGAUGCAAGUACUGCACAUUGCCGCAUCCGACUAUGUCACCGAUUUUCACAACUGUUUUAUCCAAUUCAAUGUGAAUGACAUCGUUGAUCAUGUGACUGGAACACCAUUCGCGUCCGUUCAAUUGGAAUUGCAUCUCAUUCUGAAUCAUACCACUAUCACUACCAAUCACCACACCAGACACGAUUUGGUAUCGAAAUUGACCGAGGUGUAUCACCAGUUCAAAUUGCCUAUUUCCCAAGGGUACUAUUUCGAAGACGGUGUCGGUUUUCAACUGACAUGUAUAUUGUCCCUCAGCGCGUUCCGCGUACAAACUUCAAAUCUGCCAAACAACAAUUUGAACGAUUGA